CGAUGUCCGCCAUCUUGGUUCGCAUACUUCGGGAGCUCCUUCAAUUCUUAUAGUAUAUCACUGCCCGAGGCAAUUUGUGAAGCCAAGUCAACAAGUAUCAACUAUCUUGAAUCAGUAGUUCAUAAAAUUAGGAGUUUUGUUUAGUCAAGUCCCACAAAAUUAGUAAUCAUCAUGUUUGAAUUGAGCAGUCAGAGUUGAACAAUAUCUCAGCAAUGACGGAAAAGUCACAGACCGUAUCUGACUCUGCGAGGAAAUAAAAAGGACGUAACGUCAUGCUAUAUACACAGUGCCGGGUGGUUUGGCACCUUCAGUCACCUCACCAAUUUCAGAACAGUUGACGUGUGUCACUCGUUAUGAAUGUAUAUUUAUGCUUGUUUAAAUUAUUUCAGUCUAGUUUGAUUAAAUAGAUACGGGACAAGAUUAUAGUGAAUGUAUAUAUGAGAUAAAGUAUCACUCUAAGUAAUAUAGUACAUGAAAUAGCCCAUUUGAGAGAACAAAGUGUUGACCGAAAUUAGUCAUGUACAAUUAAGGCACAGUUUUUAUAACGGAGUUAGAAGUUAAGUUAGUUAGGUAUGGGAUUCUACGAUCUUACUUGAGUGUCUUCCAAACGAUGUUACUGAAACACUAGGUUCAUGUUCACGUGUCAUUAUUACAAUGAUUCUGCGGGUUUUAUCGUAUUAUUGAUUCUUAUUACUUGAUAAACCAAUAUUUGCUAUAUUUCGCAGUUACCGGUAUAUAAUAAUUACUACUUCGACAUUAACAUGGAGUCCCAGUUUAUUAGACCUUCUGAAAAUAUGCUGAUCGACCAUAAUAAACCGAUUAAACGUGAAUUAUUGGAUGUUGGUAUAAAAGGUGGAGUGAAAAGGAGAAACCGUAAAAGGUACAUUUCACGCAAACGCCAUGUUUGCCAAGAAUGUGGUAAAGUAUUUACUACAGCAAGCGACCUCACGAGACAUAUUCGCAUUCACAGCGGAGAAAAGCCAUAUAAAUGUGAAAUAUGUGACAAGAGGUUCACUCAACAAAAUCAUUUGAUCAGGCAUAUACCAACGGUACAUACUGGAGAGAGAAAAUGCUUUUGUGAUGUAUGUGGAAAAGGCUUCCCGGAGAUGUCCUGCGUACGAAAGCAUUACGCCAACAAGCAUGCAGAACCAGGAACAAUAAAAAAAGAAAUCAUUAAACGAUUUUCCUGCCAAGUUUGUGAAAAAACCUUUCGAUCUGAAAGUGUUUUGAAUAAGCACAGAGUUGUGCACACCGGAGAAAAACCUUAUAGUUGCGAAAUUUGUGAUAAAUGCUUCGCUUAUAAAGGAACCUUGACGCAACAUAUGCUAGUACACAUGGGACUAAAGCGCGUUGAGAAACUUUUUUCCUGUGAAAUAUGCGGAGCUAAGUAUCACAAAAAAUGUGAGCUGCGGGAACACAAUGUUGUACACACUGGUGAAAAGCCAUACUCUUGUGACUUUUGUGAGAAAUCUUACGGAUGGAAAGGGAGUCUAUAUAGACACAAGUUGACAUGCAUUGCCAAACAUGCACGUUUAGCGCCGCCCAACUUGUAAGCCUGAAUCAUCUACUUUAUCAUAGUAUUUAUCGAAGAUUGAGCACACUGAGAUCGGGUUUUAAUUCAUACGUAAGGUGCAUUGGACUAUGAGACCCUACGAUUGUUAAAGCAAUACCGGUGCUGGUUUUGAGUGUCGGCAAUGGAGCCCUAUCUGAAACAUAUACCAGGCAUAUAAGACCAGGCUCAUUAUCGUUUUUGACAAAAAUGAAUUUAAAGUGAGCUUUAUGAUCCCCAAAAUACCGUACGUUACGAGAGUCGUAGGUCACUUUUGUUUUUAGUGCUUACCUCACUUAAUAGUGUCCUGACUAGUUGUUUUUGUUUAACAAGUGACUUCCGUAUCAUGUCGCCGGACAUUGUUUUUUUUUUAAUUUUUCCAAUAAUCAUUGCUCGACCCAAUUCUCUUGCACUCUUAUUACUUAUCGAUUUUAAUCGGUGAGUAUGUUAAUAGGUAUUUGUCUGUAUGUAUGUCUGUUAGAUGCACUCGAUAUCUCACGAAAGCGAGAUUGAAUCUGCUCCAGAUUUUGCAUGUG